AUGGGAUCCUGCGUCUCCUCGCCGCAAGAAGAACAGACCCGCGGCGGCCCGGCAAUGGCACAACCGCCCAACUCUCAGUCGCUGCCUGCCGCUGCCCCCACCGCUGCCCCCGCCGCUGCCCAGCCGCCGUCCGAGAGUGCGGCUCGGAUGGCACGCGGCGAGCCGACUGUGCGCUGGGUUGACCUCGACCUCCCACUCCCCGUCGAGCUGGCCAGCACCGACAAGGACAAGGGACUUGUGCUCCUUGUUUCCCGCCCCACAGGUGACAGCACCAAGGGGUGGAGGUUUGCGAUACUCAACCGGCAGCUGGUCCCCACCUACGGCGACCUCCCCCCCGCCGAGCAGUAUGGCGGUCUGGACUGCGGGUACAUCGGCCUGACACUCAUCCGAGCCGUCAAGCACGGGGACGGCCACAUGGUGCAGAUGUUCCUCACGCCGCCGGACAUGGAGCGGUUCAAGAGCCUCGACAGCCUGGACCCCUCGAUCCAGCCGCCCGAGGACGUCAACAUCGACGGGUUCAAGUACUUUGCUAGCUUCCCCCUUGGCGCCCCGCUCGACUUGAGCAAGCCGCUCUCACGACACUUUUCCCUGCUGGUAGAGCGCAAUGCCAAGGGGCCUGUGUCGAUAGCCGUCGCCAUCCUUGAAGGGGACACUGCUGUGGUGCGGCGGUUCGGUAUGGCCUCGCACAUGGCGGUUAACCCUGCGUAUGCUACACUCGGCGGAAUGACCAGGACUGUUAAGCACGGCUUGGACGUUAACAAUGUCAGCAUCACUCUUGGCGGCGAGAUCGUCAUCUUGGCCGACCCGACCACGAUCAAAGUGUUCAACCGGCACGACUACACCCUUGCACUCGAGAUAAGCCCCAAAGACCUGUGGGGUCUGACGGCCGAUUUCAACGAGAAGCCCCUGUACCGGGUCAACGAGUUCGUCCCCAUGAAGUACUCUGACGCAGUCGACACCGAGACGGUCCUCACCAGCCGGGCCUUUACUCCACCAGCUGCGUUUCCGCUGCUGCAGCCGUGGUCCGGGGCAAUGGAGCUCAGCAAGGACCAGUACGCGCAGAAGGGUCUGACGGCGGAGGCCAACACCAUCAUACCCGAGUCCGUGUACCUUACCAACAUGCACUUGGUUUUCUGGACGCGCUACAGGCUGUUCGUCAUCCUCCUCGCCGAGCACGUGAUCCACGAUCUCAUGGCGAAACGCAAGAAGAAGGACGACGUGGAGAGCUUGAACGGCGCCAUUGUGCAGUUCUGUGUCGACUACGACAACCAGCACGCGCUCGCGUCCACCGGCUCAACUGUCGCGUUCAUGAACCCGCAUACCUCGUUUGUCUUCGACCUGGACACCAUCUGGCCCGGCUUUGACGUCGGCAGGCCGAGCAUCGCGGGGCACGAAAUCGCUGGCACCACCCGAGAGUUUGAAGACGACGACGAGCCAGCCCACUCCCGGUUCCGCAUGAUGCCGGGCGGACUGUACGAGGUCAUCAACUUCUCCGACCUCCAAAAGGAGCAGUAUGAGGAGGCGGUUGGUCCUCGCACCUUGCCCGCGGACACUUUCCCUCCUUUGUUGACAAGGAAGCCGCGGUGA